AAUUAUGUUGCUAUGCUUUGGACCAGGAAACCUUUAAUAGAAUUUUACUAAAAUGAGCUUAUACAUGACAAUUCAAAAAGUCGUUAUUACUAUGACAUUUAAUAUUCCCAUAUAACCAUCGACGACGGCGGAGUUUAUGUCUCUUCUUCUACCAAAGACAAGGCAUCUCAUAAAAAAGGAACAAAAACAAAUAAGGACAAAACAAACAAGUCAACUCACAUUUCGGCAACAAUGUGAAUGGGAAUUUUAAAAUACACCAGCAUUCGAAUACUUUUUUUUGAGUCUCUGCGAUAAUUUACAAUUUCCAUGAGAAAGGAUCAAAAACAAUGAAACAACGUUGCCAAUGAAAAAGUAGCAACAAAAGGGAUAAACAUACAAUUAAUUUAAUUACAAGAACAGCCCAGUGCGACGCAUCUCUAUUCACAACCCGAUUCUAUUCAAAUCCAGCAGCAAACGAAAAUGAGCUAAAAGAACAAUCGCUGGAACAAUAGCUCAGCUGGAAAUAAUACUCAGCCAUUCAAGAGAAAUCGAAGAGAGGGUGAGAGAGAAGAGAAAUAAAAAGAAAACCCGUUUAACCUCUCUGAUUGCCCCACACACGCACUGUAAAUAUCUAUGUCAAUUCAUUGUAAAAAGAGGAAGAAGUACACUACCAAAAACAUUAAUCAUCAUUCUACCAUUGCUCCCAGCCAACAACGGGAAUAAGGACCCAAAGACCACCCAAACCCAUAAGCAUAGACCGCAAGACAAAAAGACAAAGCUGGCCAAAUAAAUGACAACAUGAGUUUUUUAAGUUCCAUGCAACAAUAUGUCACCAGUGGCAUCAGUAGUCUUGGCCUGGGCAAUCGUCGCUUUUCCCUCUCCAAACAGGAUGCCAACGAAAAUCAAGCACAAAAUCAAACAAUGGGCACAACACCGUUGCCCACACCAAACAUACAGCAGACAACGGGGCCGGGAAGUACGGCGAGCAAUAUAUUCAAUGUGGUCGCUCCCACAGUUGGCCCGGGCACCGGCCAGGGUACCAUGGGCAAUUAUCCCACCGGGGGCGUGGUAAUUGGCAAUCCAAAUGCAACAAAUCCUUUAUUGGGUUAUCCAAAAGUUGUCCCUUCACCGGGUGUUACCACGGGCAUGAGCACCAGUACAACUUCGGCUGCCUCUACAUCGUCGGCCUCGAACACCCCGGUUAGCUCACGUCGUCAAUCACGUGCAUUGGAAUGUAUGGCCCCACCACGCACCGGUUCAUUUCGCCAUCGAAAUCCACAAGCUCAACAGGCCGAACCAUCGCCACGACCACCAUUGGCAUUUUGCAAGAGACGUCUGUCAUGGCCGGAAGUAGAUCCCAGAUCAAAUUCAGGCGUUCAAGAAACCGAUGGCUCAUACUUUGAAAAUUUCACAUCGCUGGGCUGGAAACGGGAAAAUCGCCGUAUGUCGGCAACACGUGCCGCCGAGGCACGUGCCGAAUCACUGCACGAACAAGAACGCGAGCCACCAAAAAUUGCUGAGGACUCCAUCGAGAGUCAAGAACAGAAAGAGAAACUCUAUCUGGAGGUAUUAAAUACCAUAGCCAAUACAGUGGGGGCGCCAGCACCCGGCGGACAGUUCACCCAUUACAAAGAUGAAAUGUAUUUACAAGCCCAGAGGGCAUUUGGCAUGAGUCCAGAUCGUCACUAUCGACUGUUGCAUGCAACAGCUGAGGAUAAACCAAAAGUUAUCGUUCUCUCUGUGGUGGUAAUCGAGGCAGAAGGCCUCGAGGCCAAGGAUGCGAAUGGCUUCUCCGAUCCCUACUGCAUGCUGGGCAUCCAACCAGAUGGUGGCCCGCCCGUAUCACCAUUGCCACUGCCACCAACACCGCGAGCACUUUCGGCCGAUAUGAAUGCAUUCGACAACAAUGCCACCGAUUCACCGCCACAUCGUAAGCACAGCUUUCGUUUGAGUUUCAAACGACGCGAGGGCACGCGACGAGAGCAGCGUGAUUCAUUGGGCGGUCCGGUACCAGCAAAAUUUAUAUGCGCCACAUCAAUAAAACCGCACACGCUGACGCCCAAAUGGAAUGAGAAAUUCAAAUUCGACAUCGAUGACAUGAACACAGACACAUUCCACUUGGACAUCUGGGACCACGACGACGAGAGCUGUGUUCUGGAUGCUGUGUCACGUUUGAAUGAGGUACGCGGUGUCCGGGGCUUGGGACGUUUCUUUAAACAGGUUUGCCAAUCGGCACGUCAGGGUUCACAAGAUGAUUUCCUCGGCUGCGUUAAUAUACCCAUUGCCGAUAUACCCAGCACCGGCAUGGAGGGUUGGUUCAAAUUGGAAGCACGUAGUCACCGCAGCACCGUACAAGGUCGCAUACGUUUAAAAUUAUGGCUAUCAACACGUGAUGGCCAAUCCGGUGAUGGCUCACAAAUGGACAGGGAUCACUCCAUGGACGUCCACAAUCUGGAGGAGUUGCAGAGGGUGUUCAUGCAGCACGAGGUGGCCACACAUGAGCCCUCCUGGACGUGGAAUGGUGAAUUGCCGGGGCCGGCGUUGACCAUACUGCAUCAGUUGGCGGUGCAGGCCGAUUUGGCGGAACUGCACUGUGCUGCAGCAAGAUUUGUGGCUGCGGCCAAACUAAAUCGCGGCACACCCCUGGAUCCGAAAUUCAUGCACCGCCUGCUAACCGAAGUCGAAAAACAAUGGAGCACCGCCAGCCAAGACCAUUUGACCCGAGAUUUUGAACAAUGGCUGGCUGAGGCCAUGAACGGAUUUGUGGAACGAUCCUUGCAACAAAUACGCCAGCAUCGCAAAGUUUUCCCCGCUCUCAAUCCACCAUCUCUGAUAAGACUUGAAUUUUUGCUACGCUGUUUAGGCCUGCUGGGCUCCAUGCGGGCAUUCCGGGCGGUGUGUCCCUUCAAUAAAGGUGUUCGCGGCGAAGUUGUGAAUGCCCUGCGUAAGGGUUCCGUGACAUGGGGCCAAAAUGUCCUUAAGGAUGCACAAAGCCUGCCAAAUCCUUUGGCACAUUUUGUGACAACCAUAACGGCGGACAUACAAAUUGGACAAUCCUAUUAUCAUUCGUUGUUUGACAACACCAAUGGUAUUCAAUACUUUAGCAUAGUUUACAAACAAUUCGAUGCCUUAGUCGGCGAAGAGAUCUAUCAUCGCAUGGAGGCGGGUCAAAUACCCGGAAUCAUACUCAACAAUGCCCAUUAUCCCAUUGUGGAUGCUGAGAACGAAUCGAUUGAUAUCAAACCGUUUGAGUUGUUCUUGGCCCUGCAGGAAUUUUGUCAAUUAAAACGUUUUCUCUCGGUGCAGCCACAGCCGCCGGAAAAGCCCCUGGCAUUGGCACAAUGCCAUGAAUGGUUUAUACCAACCUUCGAACACUGGAUGGUCGUGAGUAAGGCCAAGGCAUUGCAAAGGAUACGUCAAGCUAUACGUCUGGAUGCCAUAUGUGAGGGUGAGCGAGUGGUACGCUAUAGCUCAUCAUCGGUGGAUACGGCCUCAACGUUGGUGAACAUUAAGGAAUUUUGGAAGAUCAUCAGUUGGCCGGAUGACGAGACGGGCAUUAUGUUGGAGUCGCAACUCAUCGAUCUGGUGUGUUCGACGGCCAUGCAUUAUUGUGACCUGAUACACACCGCUCUGGCAGACAGCGGUUAUUACGAAAUCCAGGGGCCUUUUCGUUGUUCGGAUGAUAUGUGUGUGACAGUCAACAAUUUGGAAUAUGUACGUUUCACCCUGUCCGAUUUCCGUUCCGACGACAAUCCCCUGGAAGAGGGAGCCGAUAAUCUGCUGGAGACUAGUUUGGCCCACAUGGAAAGUCGUUGUGAGCGGAUACUCUCAAAAUUGGCACCCCUGAUGCAAAUGUCUCUGCAAAAGGCUGUAUUCCAUUUGGCUUGGUCCCCGGACUCCUUGCCCGCCAAUCAGGCCAUAGUACCGCUAUUGGAAUACAUGGAUUCCCAUUUGGGGGCACUGAACAGUGCAUUGCUGCCGAAAAAUUUCAAUCGAGCAUUGCGUUUUGUAUGGAAAACGGUGUUGGGUGAAAUGUCACGACAAAUGGAGACGGGCGAUGAUUCCGAGAAACCUUCGAAUUUUCACAAACGUCUGUACGAAGCUCUCCAGCUCUUGGUGGACUUUUUCCAUGCCGAGGGCCAGGGAUUGGCAUUGGAGUAUUUGCACUCGGAGGACUUUUGGCACAUUGAGCAACGUUUGCAGUUCCACAAAACCGAAACGUGGCGUCUCAUCGAUAUGUAUCACCUGAGUCGUUUGCGGGAACAAUAUAUGACCCAGUUACCCGGACCCUAUGGUUCGUUGACAGUGCGUGCCUAUUUGAAUCAUGAUUCGUUGUGUGUUGAGGUACUGCAUGGACGCGAUAUAGUGCCGUUGGAUCCGAAUGGAUUCAGUGAUCCGUUUGUUAUUAUUGAGCUGUUGCCGCGUCGUAUUUUCAGUCAUUGCAUGGAACAGCAGACAAAUGUGCAUAAGAAAACCCUGAAUCCCAUUUUCGAUGAAUGCUUUGAGUUCUCAGUAACAUUGGACCAGUGUUUGGUUGAAGGUGCCAUGAUCUGUUUCACAGUCAUGGAUCAUGACGUCAUAACCGCCAAUGAUUUUGGAGGUGAAGCCUUCUUGGCAUUGGGUAACAUUCCCGGUGUGGCCGAUUACAGUACGAGUGUGGAGAAUUUCCAUGGAUUGAAACAAAUUGAAUUGCCACUAAUACAACAAACCGAUAAAAAUCAUCCCAUACUUCAAAUUUUGGAAUUACGUGUCAACGAUAAGCAAGCACAAGAUUUUGUACGAAAGCAGCGAGAUAGAAUAAUACAAUAAAUUUAGUGUAAAACGACGGAAGAAAAUUGUGACAGCGAAAGCAGCUAGCUUUGAGUCCUUCAAUGGAAGCAGAACUACAAAAUUGUUGUCACUUUAUGAAACAAAAACUACAAUCAAAUUGUAUGAGUAAGUAGAGAAAAACAAGAAACCCCUAGGAUGAGAACAAUAGCAAAUAGAUACUGAGCUAUGAGGAGUCAAAUGCAACAGCUUAAAGACUUCUACAACUAUAACAUCAUAACUUGGUGUACAAAAAAAUAUAAAAUAAAUUGGACAUAGAAAAAAACAAAGGAUAACGAACAGAGAAAGACUCUUUAAGACGGCAAACAACAAAUUCGAAUGGUGCAUUAAAAAAAGACACUAUAGUUUAGAUUUU